AUGGCUGUGGAGAUGGAACCCUCGGACGUAAUCCGCCUGAUAAUGCAGUACCUCAAGGAGAACAACCUCUACCGAACGCUGACCACCUUACAGGAGGAAACCACCGUCUCGCUCAACACGGUGGAAAGCAUCGACAGCUUCAUCGCAGACAUAAAGAACGGCCACUGGGACUCCGUCCUGCUGGCCAUCGAGUCUCUCAAGCUGCCAGACAACACACUUAUUGACCUUUAUGAGCAAGUCGUGAUGGAGCUCAUUGAAAUGAGGGAGGUGGGAGCAGCUCGCUCACUCCUCAGACAAACCGACCCCAUGAUCAUGUUGAAGCAGACGCAGCCGGAGAGGUACAUGCAUUUGGAGAACCUGCUAACGUGCUCCUACUUUGACCCUCGUGAGGCAUACCCGAAAGGCAGCAGCAAGGAGAAGAGGCGCAGGGCAAUAGCAGAGGCGCUGGUGAGAGAGGUCAGUGUGGUGCCCCCUUCUCGCCUCAUGGGGCUCCUGGAGCAAUCUAUGAGAAUACAGGGCUACCCAGGUCAUCUCUCACCCGACAUGACCAUCGACACAUCUGCCAACAAGGACAGACAGGUGGAGAAGGAGAGUUUCCCAACACAGCUGUACCGCCACAUCAAGUUUGGGCGGCGGUCACAUGUGGAGUGCGCCCGCUUCUCUCCUGAUGGCAAGUACUUAAUCACUGGAUCGGUGGACGGGUUCAUCGAGGUCUGGAACUUUAACACUGGAAAACUUAGUAAGGAUUUAAAGUACCAGGCUCAGGACAGCUUCAUGAUGAUGGAUGAUGCUGUGCUGUGUAUGUGCUUCAGUCAGGACACAGAUCUUCUGGCAACCGGAGCUCAGAAUGGCAAAAUAAAGGUGUGGAAGAUCCAGAGCGGCUUGUGCCUGCGCAGGUUCGAGCAUGCUCACGACAAAGGUGUGACCUGUCUGAGCUUCUCCAAGGACAACAAUCAGAUCCUCAGUGCUUCCUUUAACCAGACCAUCAGAAUCCAUGAACUGAGGUCAGGCAAGACACUAAAGGAGUUAAAUGGCCAUUCAUCGUUUGUAAAUGAUGCAGCUUUCACUCAAAAUGGAAAUCACAUCAUCAGCGCCUCAUCUGACGGCACAGUUAAGAUUUGGAACACAAAAUCCUGCGAAUGCAUCCACACUUUGAAGUCUCUGUCCCAGACAUCAGAAGUCCCCGUCAACAAUGUGAUCCCUCUGCCCCAAAAUCCAGAGCAGUUUGUGAUUUGUAACCACUCCGACACUGUGGUCGUCAUGAACAUGCACGGUCAGACGGUGAAGACCUUCAGCUCAGACAAAAAGGAGAGGGCCGACUUUGUGUGCUGCACCGUGUCACCCCGCGGGGAGUGGAUUUACUGUGUGGGAGAAGACUUAGUGCUGUACUGCUUCAACUAUACGACAGGAAGGCUGCAGAAAACGCUGACCGUUCACGAAAAGGAUGUAAUUGGCAUCGCUCACCACCCACAUGAGAAUCUGAUUGCCACAUACAGCGAGGACGGCCUCCUGAGGCUAUGGAAACCUUAAGCUGUCUUCCUGCUUUGUGAUAUGGAGGACCCAGAAAGCCUUAUGCAUGGUUAUAAAGCAAGUCAUUCAUUUCUGUGUGAUUAAAAAAGAUGGAUUAACAAAACAAAUGGAAUUAAUCCAUCAGUAAUGAAUCAUCGCCAUUAAGGUCCAUUAAGUGGUCUGGAGCUUUAGGUCAUAUCACAUGAUCUUCAUCAGCAAAUGUAUUUUUCCAGGUUUAAUGAAUGUUAAAUGUUAAAUUUCAGUUUUUCUGAGCACUUUAAGGACUUCUUUUCAAUGUUGGCACAAUAACUGAGGUUCACAAUGGGAAAACAAUGAAAUGAAAAAUGGGAGAACUCCAUCUGGUGAUGAAUAAUUUGAUCAAAAGCACCACAACAGCUGCUUAAUGGACCCUGUGGUGAAGCUAUUUCCUGGACUGCUAUUUCUGUGGUCAAAAAUGAAUCUGGAACGACAGUAUUAAUUUUUUUUUUUUUUUUUUUAAUUGAAGUUUGGCCAUUUCUGCCAGUAAUUUCAAAUUGGAUUACACAGUGGUUAAAAGCCAAGAUAAUACAUUUCUCUUGAAAUUGAAGAUAAAGCCAUCAAUAUUCUUUAUUUUCUCAUUGUCAAUAAAUCGCAUGAAAAGCAACCAAGCUUUCCAAAAUCCCCUACCCUGCCUGUGGUACUCAGCCCAAAGUCAUUUGGUUCUUAUUGAAAAUGUUAAUCAAAAGCAAAAUAAUUUCCUAGACCAGCUGGGCACUGUGAUUUUUAGCAAAUGUUACACACAAGUAAAUAAUGCAUUUGUUGGGGACCAGUUUCAGCUAGUCACUAAUACACAUUUGGUGCUCUAGUGACAACCUUAUGUCAGAACAAAUGUUGGAAUCAUAUGUUUCUGCAAACCCCAGAUCAGUGGUGGGUAGAGCACUGCAAAUCCUUACUCAAAUAAAAGUCCAAUUACUGCCAUACGAGUAAAAGUAAACAUUACCAUUAGAGAAACCCACCCAAAGAGCCAAUACAAAAGUAAUUAAAUAAAAUCAAAUAAUAUCAAAGAUUAAUAUUACACAUGAAAUAGUAACAUAUCGGUAGCUAACUUACUUCCAGGUGCUUAUGGAGGUUUGAGGAAGAGUUUUUAAAAGUGGAGAUCUCAGUGUCUUUUGAUAGUAACAGCGAGCACUUCAUCAUGUAAAUAUUGCCUUUUUUAGAUUUUGGUAUAUAAAGUGUGGCCAGAUGUGGUUGGUGGCUGGGUUUUAUUCCAUCACCGCAUCGUGGUCAAAGGACAGAUGGUGCUUCUUUUUCUUCCACGCAACUGGAAACUUGGUAUCUGCAGUAUAGGUGGCUCACUAAGUCCCUGCAUUUAGAGCAGAUCCAUUCAUUCAUUCAUUUUCUGUAACCGCUUAUCCUGUUAGGGGUCACGGGGGGGCUGGAGCCUAUCCCAGCUGACAUUGGGUGAGAGGCAGGGUACACCUUGGACAGGUCACCAGACUAUCACAGGGCUGACACAUAGAGACAGACAAUCAUUCACGCUCACAUUCACACCUACAGACAAUUUAGAGUCACCAGUUAACCUGCAUGUCUUUGGACUGUGGGAGGAAGCUGGAGAAAACCCACUGUACGGUAGACAACGGGGAGAACAUGCAAACUCCGCACAGAGGGGCUCCCCCACCCCAUGGUUCAAACCAGGAACCCAUUUGCUGUGAGGUGACAAUGCUAACCACUGCACCAAUGUGCUGCCAUUCAGAGCAGACUAGUUGUAACAAAUGUAUACAUGGCAAAUGACUUCGCUCAAAAAUAUACUCACUUUCAUAUGUCGCGGAUAUGUUGAAACUUGACUUUUCAGUUUGUAAUUUCAUGUUGCAAAAACACUGUGGAUAGAUUUAGGCACAAACACAACUUGGUUAUGAUUAGGAAAACAUGAUGUCUUGGCUUACAAUACCUGGUUUGGUCACUACAAACACAGCUGAACAUAUCCCAAAUCCACCAUUCCCUCCUCCUGACAAGACACUCAGCUCAUAUGCAUGUACAUCAUACGUAUUACAUGUACAAAUGUAACAUAUCUAUGGUUUGCAGAAAUGUACAAUACCAACAUUUUACUUAUUUGCCACUGGGCUGCUUUGUGUGAGAUGGACUCACAAUAAAGUCAGUACCCAUUUUCACUGUAUUAAAGCAUAAUUUGUUGACAGUAAGAAAAAUAUAGAAUAUCGCUACCUGUCUAUUUUUUUUAAAUUUAUUUGUAGAUUCAUUUGUGAGGUCUUUGCUUUAUAAACCAUUGCAGCACUAUCUAGGUCCUCCAUGCUGUACACACACACUCUUCCUCAUGGAUCCAACGUCACCAGUGCAGUUUGAAUCCCCAUUUUCAUCUCUUCUGUCUUUAUUAGACAUGAAAAUGCAUGAUGGUGAACUGUCGUGGAAAUACUUAUAAUAAAAACCGCCUCUUGUUUGGGCAUAAACAAACAAUAUCAGGUAUAUGAUUUGUCUGCUUUGGUUAACAAUAAUACUUUUGUAACUCAGAUGAUUUGUUUUGUCCUCUGUGUUCCCUGCAUGCUACCUCAGUACACUGUCUAAAUGUGGCUCUAAAAUAAUUUUAGUAGUCCUUUAAAAAUAUGCAUGAUGACUAAUGAUUAACUUCAUUGGAGCUCCAGUGACACAAUCUGUAACCUGUGUGUAUAUAAUAAAUGUUCUUAACGUGGUCACAUUAUUGUCGGUUUGUUGCACUGACUGUAAUCGGUGUUCCUGUGCAUCAGUAUGCCUGCAAGAAACAGAGCUACUAGACCAGUAUUUAUUAUUUGCACUACAGCAUUGGUACUUCCUGUUAUCUGUCUCUGUGCUGUCAUCCAUAUAUCACUGUUGAAAACUAAUGUGUAGUCAUCAACUCUAUUUUGUAUAUUCAUUGUUGUAUAUAAUACUGCCAGUCAUGUCAGAAAUGGUUAUCAAUAAAAUCCAAAAACCUUUACAGCUGACGGUGUGGGUGCCAUUUUUUUAAAGAAUUAAAUUAAUUCUAAACACAUACCUACAUACAUAUAUAUUGGUGCACCUGUUCAACUGCAUCUUGAUGCAAAUAGCUAAUCAGUCAAUCACGUGGCAGCAGCUCAGUGCAUUUAGGCAUGAUCAAGACGACCUGCUGAAGUUCAAACUGAGCAUCAGAAUGGGGAAGAAAGGUGAUUCAAGUGACUUUGAACGUGGCGUGGUUGCUGGUGCCAGACAGGCUGGUCUGAGUAUUUCAGAAACUGCUGAUCUAGUGGUAUUGUCACGCACAACCAUCUCUAGUUUACAGAGGAUGUACCAGUAUCUCAAAUCACCACUCAUUACAACCAAGGUAUGCAGAAGACCAUCUCUGAAUGUACAACACAACUAAGGCUACAAUUCACACUGGCUCACCAAAAUUGGAUAAUAGAAGAUUGGAAAAACUUUGCCUGGUCUGAUGAGUCAUGAUUUCUGCUGCCACAUUCAGAUGGUAGGGUCAGAAUUUGGUGUAAACAACAUGAAAGCAUGGAUCCAUCCUGCCCUGUAUCAACGGUUCAGGCUGCUGGUGGUGUAAUGAUGUGGGGGAUAUUUUCUUGGCACACUUUGGGCCCCUUAGUACCAACUGAGCAUGGUUUAAACACCACAGCCUCUCUGAGUAUUGUUGCUGACCGUGUCCAUCCCUUUAUGACCACAGUGUACCCAUCCUCGGAUGGCUACUUCCAGCAGGAUAACGCACCAUGUCACAAAGCUCAGAUCAUCUCAAACUGGUUUCUUGAACAUGACAAUGAGUUCACUGUACUCCAAUGGCCUCCACAGUCACCAGAUCUCAAUCCAAUAGAGCACCUUUAUGAUGCGGUGGAACAGGAGAUUCACAUCAUGGAUGUGCAGCCGACAAAUCUGCAGCAACUGUGUGAUGCUAUCAUGUCAAUAUGGAGCAAAAUCUCUGAGGAAUGUUUCCAGCACCUUGUUGAAUCUGUGCCACGAAGAAUUAAGGCAGUUCUGAAGGCAAAAGGGGUCCAACCUGGUACUAGCAAAACAUUUUGGGGAAAUUGUUCUACAAUUGCAGUAGCUCUUAACCUUUAAGAAAGCCAUUAUUAUCUUUGUAUAAAACAAAAUGCAGUUCAACUAGAAAAUGCAGACUGUUGGUACAAAAGGACAGCAGAGUUAUUGCAGUUUAAGCUUUUGCUUUUACUUAAGACCAUAAUCAGGAGAAGGUCACACCAAAAGCUUUUUUUUUCCGAGUAACUCUAUUCUUGAAUAUUUUGAAUACCAGUGGAUUGCCACGUGACAAAGUAACUAUCACACACACCAAGUCAUACAACAUAUUAGAGAGACCAUCAAACUGCAUUUAAUUAGAAAACAUGAGCAUAAACAAUUAGAUGAUUGGUCCGUACACACAUACAGUCAGUCAAGAACCUGACGACAUUUAUUGGAGUUGAGCUCCUUUGAUAUUAUGAGUACUCAUAAAUUUGCAUCCACUUUAAGAACAACUGUGAAACAAUUUAAGGAAUCUCCCUUCUGGCGAGCAUAGUUGUGUUUUACAAUAACCAAAACAAAAAAACAAAACAACUCUACAUCAAGUAGCUUUAAGUUACGAUAAGGCUUUCAAACAGGCAGACACUUCUAUGAGGUAUCAGGUGUGCCGAUUUUAAGUCCCUCCAUAACCUCCCACCGACCCAUUUGGCAUUUACAAUUAAGACUAAAAAUAGGAUAAAAAAAAAAAAAAAAAAAAAAAAAGACACUUAAUUUCUUGUCAGCAAAAAUUAACUGACAAGUUUAUCGUGCUACUUUGAUUAAAUUUAGAAUCAUAAAAUCCACAUUGAAUUAUUCUUCAAAGUAUUCUAAAACAACAUGCUUGAAAUCAAGAACAUUUAAAACCUUGAAAAAAUAACCAAGACAUUAAUCACUUUUUUGUAAAACUUGGGUGCAACUUGGCACUUAACAGUUCUUUAAGGGAGGGAAAACAUUUGUUAUGAAGGCCUGUGAUAAGAAGCAGACUCAUCGAGUUAUCUUGAUAACUAUCUGCUAUGUAGAACCCCAAACCACAUAAAAACACCCACUCUGAAUUUCAGUUAUCAAGAUAACCUGCUUCUUGGAACCCCCCCUGAUCUGCUGUUUAUUUUUCUUCUUCUUGUUCAUCUUUGACAUCUUGUUUCUGAACACCGACCCUGCCAUUAAUAUGCAGUCAUUUUCACAUCAAACUGUAGUUAUGCACAAGAUGUUCCACUUUCCACACAAGGUUCCAAAAACACAAAUGCACGGCGUUGCCACAGACGACUGAUUGCAGCUCAGAAAUAUUGAAGUAGACUUAAAUAUUAGUUUGAAUAUUCUACAUUAGUGGCUUGAAGCUGAAUACUGCUAUGCCUGAAUCGUUGUCACCUGUACUCCCAGCUCACGCCACAUUUUUAACAUUGUUAAGAAAUGUCUGAGAAAUAGCCCUUUAAAGGGUUAAACAGCAUAAAUGUUUCAACUCAAGGCUCAAUGCACCUCUGCUCUCCACCACCAUCUUAAGAUUGGGUCUUUACACACGCACACACGCACACACAACGGACUGAACAAGUCAUCAACAAGUGGUUCACAACAACAACUGAUUUAGUAUCACUAUAAAAAAGGUUAUUUUCAUAUUAAUAUUGGCAUCCGUUUCAUUGUAAAUGCAUAAAAA